AUGCCCGCCUGCUGUUGUUCGAGCGCCGCGGCAGCGAUCCAGACCUCCACCUUCUGCGAUCAUGACCUCUUCUCAUCACUGGCGCCGUCGUUGGAAGGCUUUCCCUCGGCUGUGCCAGUCUGUCAAUCCUUUGAUACCCUCACCCACGAGUCGGCACUCUGGGCAGAACCCGAUCUGUCCUUUGCCGAUACCGACUGGAAUUUCAUAUCUGUGAAUCAACCGACUCCAUACCCUCCUGGCUAUGACGGUGGCGAUGUCCCUGUCAUGGACCUUGGGUAUGGGUCUGCCUCUGCUUUCAACUCUCUUUCGGAUUCCGGAUCAAUCGAGCACCAACAAUAUGUUUCUACGUCCCUUGCUCAUAGCUCCGUCAAUUCACAAGAUGGCCACUCGCAUUCUUCCCCUGUCUCUCAGUUUCCUGCUCCCGUCUCGACUUCUCUUUCUAGCCCCGCUACCUCUCAGAGCGAUGAUACUCCAAGCCGUGUUGAUCCGUCACGGGUAGAAAAGCGUAAGCUCAAUACUCUCGCGGCCCGGAGAUGUCGGCAGAGACGCGUGGAUCGGAUGAAGGAACUUGAAGCCGAGUUGGAGAAGGUCAGGAAGGAACGAGAUGAUUGGAGACUUCGGUGUUCGAAGCUGGAAGGUGAAACGGAUGCUUUGAAGGGUCUUCUCACUCGCAGGAGCAAAGAUACAUAG